AUAAAUCUUGCAAGAUAUCGAAAUGGGUUCUACGGACUGACUGCCGACUUGCUUUUCUUUUUGUACCACGCCCCCUUACGUAGAGAUUUCAUCAGCAGCUUACAAGCUCAAGUCGCUGUCGGCCGCUAGCGCUAGCGCGAGCUACACAGGCCGUAUAGCGGUAGAGUUCAUCGCAUCGCAUGUGCCGCAAAGGUCGCCGCGCUCUUCAAAACAAUCUCGAGGUCGACUUGGUAUAUUGGAGGAGGGAUCUACUAAUGAAGCUAAGGAUUAUUUGUUGCAGCCAUUGAAUUCUGUAUAGAUUUUGAGAUUUUAGAGAACAACGUUGCCGGAUUCACAUUCUUGCUCAAUGUUGCCUGUUUCCUGUUCACUGUGAAACUGAAAGUGCGGUUGAACUUGAUCGAUGUUGUUCGAAUAGAGAUGUAUUAGUAUAUAUCUCUUUGUUCUAACUUCUAACGUUUAUAGUGUGGAUGUAUUCGGGAAGGACAUUUUGUUGUACAUUGAUUCGUGAUUUGCAAUAUCAUCAGUACCAGUGAUGGCGGCAAUGGAAAAGACUGGUAAGCUAUGGGGAGGGCGUUUCACUGGCGACACUGAUCCAGUCAUGGAGAAGUUCAAUGCCUCGAUUGGUUUCGAUAAUCGCAUGUGGAAGGCUGACAUAGAGGGCAGCAAAGCUUAUGUAAAAGCUAUCUGCAAAGUUGGACUGGUCACGGAGGAGGAAAAGGAUAUGAUAUCCCAUGGUCUUACACAGGUAGCAGAUGAAUGGGAGAAGGGACAGUUUACAAUUAAGCCUGGAGAUGAAGACAUUCACACUGCCAAUGAAAGAAGACUCAAGGAAUUCAUUGGACCAGUUGCAGGAAAGUUACACACAGGCAGAAGCAGAAAUGACCAGUGUGCUACUGACAUGAGGCUAUGGCUGAGAGAUAGUAUAGAAUACAUGUACCCGAUGGUUAAAAAUCUCAUCAAUGUACUUGUACAGAGAGCAAGACAAGAGGUCGAUGUACUGAUGCCAGGGUACACCCAUAUGCAGAGAGCACAGCCAAUCAGAUGGAGUCACUGGCUUCUAAGUCAUGGUUGGGCUUUACAGAGAGAUGCUCAAAGAUUAAAGGAGCUCCAAGCCAGGGUCAAUGUCAUGCCUCUUGGAGGAGGUGCUCUUGCAGGAAAUCCAUUCAAUGUCAACAGAGAAGUCCUUGCUCAUGAACUCAAAUUUGGCAGCCCAUCACCCAACAGCCUUGAUGGUACAAGUGGGCGUGACUUUGUAGCAGAGUUUCUCUUCUGGGCUUCGAUGACAAUGAUCCAUCUAAGUAAGGUUUCUGAAGAUCUUAUUCUUUAUUCUUCCAAGGAAUUCAGCUUUGUCAAGCUAGCUGAUGCGUACAGUACUGGAAGUAGUUUGAUGCCCCAGAAGAAGAAUGCAGAUAGUUUAGAGCUCAUCAGAGGGAAGACAGGAAGAGUAUUUGGCAAAUGUUCUGGUUUCUUGAUGACACUGAAGGGGCUGCCUAGUACAUAUAACAAGGAUUUACAAGAAGAUAAAGAGGCCAUGUUUGAUGCAUAUGAUACCCUCACAGGUGUAUUACAAGUUGCUACUGGUGUGAUAUCGACAUUGACAAUCUUCCCUGAGACAAUGAGAACUGCCCUUAGUCCUGAUAUGCUUUCUACUGAUCUAGCUUAUUAUCUGGUCAGAAAAGGAAUCCCAUUCCGUGAAGCUCAUGGUUUUUCAGGAGAGUGUGUUGCCCUAGCUGAGCAGAAGAACUGCUCACUUGUUGAUCUCACUUUGGAAGAUCUCCAGACCAUAAAUCCGUUAUUUGAAGAAGAUGUUGUGCAUGUCUUUGAUUAUGAGAACAGCGUUGAACAAUACAGCAGCUCAGGGGGAACCAGUAAACAGUGUGUUCUGACACAAGCUUCUCAGCUAGAAAUGUGGAUCACUUCUCAUUGAACAUCUCAACAAAAAUGGAGCAGUGGGAACACCACUUGAUGCUCUUUUUGCAUGUACUCACUCAUUAUGAGUUAGGUGUACUAUUGGAGAUGAUAGAUGAGUAAACCAGGACAAGGGUUGUGUGAACAGUGUUUUCAGCACCGCUUUUUAUAGUCUCCUUGAUCCCCCAUAUGUGAAACAAAGACUUCUUCUGAAGUAAAGAUUCAUCUUGGAUGAGCAUUUGUAUGUUCCUAUUACAACCAAAAAAGACUCAAGGAAUAUUUAUUUACAACUUCAUUAGAAUGAUAACUCUAAAAAUGUUAGUUUGCAUGCAUAACAUUCUUCUUUGUGUUGUGUCUGUUACUUCUUAUCUUAUCUUCACACUGUUUGAAUUUGUAAAGUUGAAGAGCUUACUGUGAAGAAAAACUUACCAAUUGUGAUUGCUUUCGUGACUGUUCAUCAAUUAUACUUAUGCUGUAUGUAUACUAGUAUACAGGAUUCAAGUCUGCAUAAAGAUUAUAUCAUACAUUUAUUCUAAUAUUUCAAAAUUUAUUAAUCGGAAUGUCAUUUUCCUUUGGUUGAUUCCUUAUUAACGAUAUUUGAAUAAGUGCCCUCUCAGUGAUGUUUUAAAUAGAGCCUGUACGCACAUAUGCUUCAUAUGAAUAUAUUAUUUUGAUCCACUUCUCCCACCAUUCAAUGUGGAUCGUUUUCAUUUUGAAAUAUUAAAAUUGUAAACCACAUAAUCCCCUAUUUUACUGAGUAAUGAAUUACAACUUUGAAAGUUUAAUAUUCAAUAUGAAACCUGAACAUACGAGCAUUUAAACUGGACAUUGCUGCCUUUUAUUUGACAUACAAAUCACCCGUCAGUUUGGCAAAUUCAGCAAUAGUGAAUAGUGAAAGUGGAUUGAAAAUGUAAAAUAUUAGGAACUGCAUGCUUCUAUUACUGGAUUGUUAUCAACAUGGAGACUGGAUUGGUAAUUGUCAACCCCUUUUUCCCCCCAGGAACUGUCCUAACAAUAGGAAAUGUCGACAGUUACUGUAUGUCAUGAGCCUUUUUUUUUUUUACUUUAAAAUUUUGUCUACUAUGUUUGUCACUUAAUGUCUGUAUUUUACUACAUAUUUCCAGUAUUUAUAUGCCAUCAAAAUGCCAUCAUGAGAAAUGAAAUUUUGUCAAAUGCCACAACUUUUUUGGAAUUUAUUUUUAAAAAUCCAUUUGAACAUUUUGGUCUGAUAUGACAGGUUUUAUUGCAUUUUUACUAUCAUUCUUUUUUGCUGGGUGGGGGAGGAGGGCGUUGGCACUUUUACAUGUUACGGUGUCCAGAAACGUAGUAUUAAUUUAAUCUGAAAUGGCCUUCUUUUGCCGUGGCAAUUAUUAUGGGAGAGGGAGGAGCUGGUUUGGUGCAAUACUUUCAUUUUUUUAAAGCAUUCCAGGUUUCAUAAUAAUGUUUAGGAUACAGUGCACCUGCAUUUUGUAUCGGUCAACUCUCAUUGUACAUUGUAAGAAUCAUGGAUGUAAAAUUUACUGUGAGACUUUGAGAUAAGGGACAGGUAUUUGUCGAUCUUUCACAAGUUAAAUAUUUGCCCAAGUCAAAGCAAGCUUCUAAAGAAGAUUUAAUAAGCAAAAUAGGUGUUGUAUAUCUCAUCUGAAUCAAAAUGUGUGCUAUGUUGAAUAUAUUUCUUUGUUUCAAAAAGAUUUUAUUUUAGCCUUUGGCGCACUUCACGAUCCAACUGGCAAAGUUACCUGGAAAUUGCUCUUUGGUAAUACAGUAAUUACUCAUAAACCUGUAUAUCAUUUAAAAGGUCAACAUUUAAUUAACUAUGAGAACUAUUUAAAUAUUUGAUGAAAUAAAUAUAAUGUUCACAUGUUACAGCAUUUUUUUAUAUAAAUCUAUGAGUUUGUCGGUUUAAGGUCAAGUACACACCAAAAAGCUGAUUUGAAUCAUACAGAAUAGAAUAAAAAUUGGAUGUGAAAUAUAAUUAACUUGUUUGGGUGGACUUAACCUUAACAGAGCAAAUGCAUUAUUAUGGGGUAGUUAUAUUUCAUGUACAGGUCUCUCCAGCUCUGAUACAAUGUACAUGUUGGAUUCCAUGUAGAUGGAGCAGCUGAGAUUAUAACUGUAUCAUGCAUAUUGUUUUAGUAUUGUUUAAGAAUUUUAGUUCAUGCUUAAGGCCUGGUCCCACUGGCCAAUGGAUACAAAACGUAUUCAUAAUGGAUACAGCGGACAAGCAAAUUUCAGGGUGGCUCAAUCCAUUUUCAUCUGCUCCAGACAAUGGACAGAAUGGGCGAACAAUAAAAUUACAGUGGACGGAUGCUUGAUGGAUAUAAGGCGUAUGAAACACAUAUGCAAUACGUAUGGAAAGAGUACAAUGGAAACAGAACGUUUUCUAACGGAUGGCAAGAUUUUUUUCCGUUUUACAUCCUCUCUGCAUCCGUAAGUGCAGUGGCACCAAGCCUUCAGUUAAGUGCAAGACUAAAGAAUGUGAAAUACAUGUAUUUACUCAAAUAUACUUGUUCAAGACUCAA